AGUCACGAUAACUACGGUGGAAGCAAAUCGAGAAACUCUUCUGUUAAAAAUAUUGUGAAGCUCUCUUUCUCUCUCGUCUCGUCUCGUCUCUCACUGAUUUCCAAGUAGGGCAAGAACGGAGAAAAGCGAUCGAAACAUUUCAUCCUGACAGUAAGGUAGAACUGAAAGCUAGUGCUGUUUGUGCCAAUUUGAUGAAAUUAGAGCAUGAUGGCAAGCUAUUCAGGAAAAGGUGCCUCUGCAAAUGGGUCUGUCUAUGUUUGUAAUUUGCCGCAGGGUACUGAUGAGGAUAUGUUGGCUGAAUAUUUCGGUACCAUUGGGUUGCUAAAGAAAGACAAGCGAACAGGCAGGCCUAAGAUAUGGUUGUACCGAGACAAACUGACAAAUGAGCCUAAGGGGGAUGCUACUGUUACGUAUGAGGAUCCACAUGCUGCUCAGGCUGCUAUUGAAUGGUUCAACAACAAGGAUUUUCAUGGCAAUUUAAUUGGAGUUUUCAUGGCAGAGUCCAAAAACAAAGACGAACAUGCUUAUAAUUCAGAGGUUGAUCCCAAUGCUGUUGGUGAUUUUGGUGGGCUGGAGGAAACUGCUGGGGAUAUGAAUGAUGAUGGUGGAAGGGGUAGAGGCAAGGGUGAUGCUUCCGGGAAAGCAUGGCAACAGGAAGGAGACUGGUUGUGUCCAAAUACAAGCAGUUGUUCCAACGUAAAUUUUGCCUUUCGUGGUGUGUGCAACCGUUGUGGAAGUGCUCGACCUUCUGGUGCCUCUGGUGGGAGCGCAGGAGCCGGUCGUGGGAGGGGUCGUGGUGGCCAGAACUCCGGGGGCCUUGGUCGGGCCGCUACUGGUUCUACUGGACUUUUUGGUCCUAAUGACUGGCCUUGUCCAAUGUGCGGCAAUAUCAAUUGGGCAAAACGUACAAAGUGCAAUAUUUGCAAUACUAAUAAACCUGGUCAUAAUGAAGGUGGUGUUAGAGGAGGACGGGGUGGUGGUUACAAAGAACUUGAUGAAGAAGAAAUAGAAGAAACUAGGCGACGACGAAAAGAAGCUGAAGAAGAUGAUGGUGAGUUAUACGAUGAAUUUGGCAACCUGAAGAAAAAGUUCCGUGCCAAAACUCAACAAGCUGAGUCUGGGCGGGUGCUUCCAGGUGCUGGCCGUGCAGGAUGGGAGGUUGAGGAACUAGGUGUAAUUGACAGAGAUGGCAGAGAAAGAAGCAGAGAGAGAGUGAGAGAGAGGGAUGAUAGGGAAAGCAGCAAAAAUAGAGAACAUAAUGGCAGGGAAAGGCGCAGAAGUCGAAGUAGAGAGAGGGAUAGGGGAAAGGACCGAGACUGGGAUUACGAUUAUGAUCGAGAUAGAGAUUAUGGUCGUGACAGGGACAGGGACAGGUAUCGGCACUGAGGAUGGCAACAAAGGUUUUUAGCUUUUUGUUUGGUGUUCUUGUGGAACUGGUUUUGGCAUCCUCUUUUGUGGUGGAAAUGAGCACUGAGGAUGGCAACAAAGGUUUUGAGCUUUUUGUUUGGUGUUCUUGUGGAACUGGUCUUGGCGCAUCCUCUUUUGUGGUGGAAAUGAUGACACUUGAUUUUUAAGUCAUGUUGUAAUUGCCAUUUUUUUCCUGAACUCAAACAUUUGUGCUGCAAUACAACUUUAAUUGAAGUUAAUACUUCAUAUUUCAUCAAUUAUGGAACUGGGCAAUUGAUUUUUGAGCUA